AUGUCUGACGCCUUCCCAGAAGGAGGUGAUCUUUCGACCAUGGCAAAGGAGGGUACCAAAGUCCCUUCGAAACCAUCCAUGCCAGAGGCGACGCCAUCAGCACAGAGCAAGACCACUAAAUCAAAGGCCGCUAGUGGUGGCAUCAGUAGCUCGCCUGAGGAGCUACAGGAUGAAGACAUUGUGACGGCCGUGGGUGGAGAGAUUCCAGAAGAUUUAGGCAGGUGGGGAGCCAAGGCUCCGGUCUCAUUGGGCCCGACACUGCGGUUCAACGUCGUGUCGACCAGGGGCCGCACGUCAUCAACAGCCGAGGCCAUGGAACUGGCGUUGCAGAUACCAAUAGCCCUCUCGCUAUCACCGCAUCUGGUGUAA